UGAUUAUUAAAAAAAAAUGGCCGCGGUGCAGUGGCGUUCCCGCUGGCGCAAAUAUGAUGUGGAGCUGCAGAGAUGUCACGCCGAGAGCCUACCAGUGGAGUUUGGAGAUUACCAUCCACUCAAACCCAUUAUGGUGACGGAUACAAAAACCCGUCGUGGGGCUCGUAAAGGCAGCACCUCUUCCUCUUCCUCCUCAUCCUCCUCUGCUGCCCCGGACCCCCUCAGCUCCAUGCUGGACGGAACCGACCCGCUGUCCAUGUUUGCAGCAGCUUCAGCCAGUGAGACUCCAGCCAUGUCGCACAGCAGCUCCACAGGGGACCUGGGGAGGAAGAGGAAGGAGAAGGAGGAUGAUGCAGUUGGACCAGAUUUUGAGUCCUGGUCGGCAAAACGGGGGGAGAUCCUGGCCAGGUUCACCACGACAGAAAAGCUAUCAAUUAAUCUUUGCAUGGGCUCUGAUCGAGGAAAAGCUCAAGCUCCUGGAUCUUCAGCUGUUUCAGAGAAAGUUCGCACUCGCCUGGAGGAGCUAGAUGAUCUGGAGGAGGGUUCCCAGAGGGAGCUGCUGAAUCUUUCCCAGCAGGAUUAUGCAAACCGCAUCGAGGAGCUGAACCAGUCCCUGAAGGAGGCUUGGGCCUCUGACCAGAAGGUUAAAGCACUGAAGAUCGUCAUUCAGUGCUCCAAGCUCCUGUCUGACACCUCAGUGAUCCAGUUCUACCCCAGCAAGUUUGUUCUUAUCACUGAUAUCCUUGACACUUUUGGCCGACUAGUGUAUGACAGAAUCUGGACCAUGUGUUCAGAUCCAAGGCCCUUACCAGAUUCGUUUACAGUUGAAGAUGUGAACGACACAGCCAAGGAGACUUGUCUGAACUGGUUUUAUAAGAUCGCCUCCAUCCGAGAGCUCCUGCCCAGACUAUAUGUUGAAGCUGCCAUCCUCAAAUGCAACCGUUUCCUCAACAAAUCUGGCAUCCAAGACACCCUCCCUCGCUUGACAUCCAUGAUCAGAGGGAUCGGAGACCCUUUGGUGGCUGCAUAUGCCAGAGCUUACCUCUGCAGGGUGGGCAUGGAGGUCGCCCCCCACCUCAAAGACAGCCUGAACCGCAACUUCUUCGACUUGCUUGGUACCUUUCGGCAGAUCAGUGGGGAAAGCGUCCAGAACCAGUUGGUUAUGCAGAGGGUGGAGGUGCCAGAGUACUUGACGCUCUACUCUCCUGCCAUCAACUGGAUCCUGCAGUGCAUCGCCUAUCGAGCUCCAGAGCCUCUGCUCACAGAGAUGAUGGAAAGAUGUAAGACGCUGGGCAAUAAUGCCCUACUGCUCAAUUCAGUCAUGAGGGCCUUCAGGCCGGAGUUUGUCGCAGCCAGAGCCACUGACUUCAUCUGUAUGAUCAAAGACUGUGAUGAGGCUGGCUUUCCAAAGCAUUUGUUAUUUGGAUCUCUGGGACGAAGCCUGGCAUGUGCCGACCCCCCAGAAUCUGAGAGGCUGACGAUCCUUAACGAAGCCUGGAAGGUCAUCACUAAAGUCCGCAGCCCCAGGGAUUACAUCAGCUGUGCAGAGAUCUGGGUGGAGUUUACAUGUCGACACUUCACAAAACGUGAGGUCAACACUGUUCUGGCUGACAUCAUCAAACACAUGACCCCUGACCGGGCGUUUGAGGACGCCUACACUCAGCUCCAGUCUGUGAUCAGGAAGAUCCUCACUUACUUCCAUGACUUCUCUGUCCUCUUCUCCAUGGAGCGUUUCCUUCCAUUCUUAGACAUGUUCCAGAAGGACAGUGUGAGGGUGGAGGUCUGCAGAUCCAUCAUGGAGGUCUUCAUCAAGCACCAGGUGGAGCCCACCAGAGACCCAGUCAUCCUUAACGCCAUGCUGCACAUCUGCAAAACCAUGCACGACUCUGUCAACGCUCUCACUCUUGAGGAUGAAAAACGAUCUUUGGCUCUGCUCAUAAUAGGCUUCAUCCGCAUGGUAUCGUUUGGUCGUGACUUUGAGCAACAGCUGAGUUUUUGCGUUGAGGCCAGAGCCACCUUCUGUAACCUGGAGCCGGUGCUGGUGCAGCUCAUUCACACGGUGAACCAGCUGUCAAUGGAAACCAGGAGGGUGAUGAGGGGGAACCACUCCCGAAAAACGGCAGCUUUCGUCAGGGCGUGCGCUGCCUACAGUUUCAUCACCAUCCCAUCUCUGAGCAGCAUCUUCAGUCGCCUCAGCCUCUGCCUGCUGUCUGCUCAGGUGGCGUUGGCCAACCAGUGUUUAUCCCAAGCUGAUGCCUUCUUCAAGGCAGCGGUCAGUAUCCUUCCAGAGGUUCCUCGCUCCAUCAGCGUGGAGGGGAAACUUCGCUCAUCAGAGAGCUUCCUGCUGGAUUUUAUCAACAACUUCCUGGCCACACUGCUGGUUGUCCCGGACCAUCCAGAGCAUGGCGUGCUCUACCUUGUCCGUGGUCUGCUCAACAUGGUCCAGGAUUACACAUGGGAGGACAACAGCGACGCCAAAGUACGAGUCUACAUCAGCGCUCUGCCUCUACUGGCUGCCAUGAGUCAGGAAACCUACAUCUACUCCAUCCCCAAAGUGGACUCCAAUGAGACUCUUUAUGGAGGAGACCCCAAGUUUCUUUCAGAGAUCAAUAAGCUGUGUGAGACCCUGAUCGGGCAGAUCCUGGACCACCUGAAGGUGCUUGGACGGGAUGAGCAGAACACACGGCGCCAAGGUGCUCUGGCCUUCUCGCUGUUCGGUGUCCUGGUGUCUCACGGGGAUUUGAGGAACAACAAGCUGAGCCAGUUGACCGUGAAUCUGUGGAACCUCAGCCACAAACACGGAUACUGUGACACUCGGAUCUCUGUUCGGACUCUGGAGCACAUCAAACAUCAGGCUCAGCAGCCCGACAUGGCUCAUCUGACAGAUACUGUUCAGAGACUGGCUCUGCAGACCCGCACGUGAACGCCAACCCACUGCAACCUUUGUACAAAAUGAUAGCAUACACAGCACUUCAAGUUUAUGUAAAUGAAAAAAUAACACAACAAAUUAAAAAUCACCUUAACCUCA